GCCGGUUGCAGCCCGACAUCGCUCCCCCCAACGCCAGGCUCCGCCGGUUGCAGCCCGACACCGCUCCCCCCAACGCCAGGCUCCGCCGGCCGCAGAAUACUCUACCCGGACGACUCCUCUCUCGCUUUGCUGCCGACCUUGGCAAUGAGCUCGCCGACACACCUCUGCUGCUAGGAGCUUGUCCACAGGGCAGAGUGUUUCUCUUAGGAAAAAAGGUUGUUGUGGCAAAGAAAGGGAAAGGGAAAAAGAAGGGCAAAGAUAGUGAAAAAGCAACUGAAGGUCCUGAAAAACAGAAGCGUAAAAGAGCGCCUAACAAGAAAUCAGUUGAAGAAGCUAAACUUGGUGGCCCGGUGCAUUACAGGUGGAUGUACCCUCUAGAGAGAUCAUUUGUUUGGCUAAAGUCACUUGUGCGCAAUAGAACUUAUCCUGAAGGUUCUAUUGCUGAAGGAUAUAUUGUUGAAGAAUGCUUGACCUUUUGUUUAAGAUUUCUAGAAGGAACCACACGUUUCACGAGAACAUCUAGGAACCCUGAUCCUUCAGAUAAUACAAAGGGCAUGUACAUGUUUGAUAGUGUUGGUGAGCCAAUUGGAAAGGCUGUCACUGUAGGCCAGUUGGACGAUCAGCUUCUAGUUCAAGCACAUCGAUAUGUCUUGCGACACUGUGAUGAGCUUGAUGAUCUCCGUAGAGAAUUUGUGGAUCAAGAGAAGAGGAAGCCGGGUAACUUAAAUUUGACGGAUGAUGACAAUGAGGAUUUGAUUAGUAGACACUUUGCUGACUGGUUGGAACAAAAGGCUAUACUAGAUGAUGGACCGGAUAUUACAGAAAAGAUAAGAGCAUUAGCCGCAAAACCAAGCAAAUGCGGGGUGUGCUAUAGUGGCUAUAUAAUUAAUGGCUUCUAGUUUCAUAAUAUCAGUCGCGAGACAGGACGCGUGACACAAAAUAGUGGUGUCGUGAACCUUGCUGAAAAUGGUGUCCUAUUAUGGCCGGUUAUCUGACAUCUUCGAAUUGUCAUACAGAGAUUACAAGGUGGUGCUCUUCAAAUGUGAUUGGUAUGAUGUUCAUCACAAAGCUAGUAUUUAAGAGAUGAGUUUGGAUUCACUCAUGUGAACUUCUCCCGCAAAAUACAUACAUGGGAGAAGUUAGAGGAUGAUCCUUUUGUAUUUUCUUCCCAAGUGGACCAGGUAUUUUAUAUCCAACAUCCGAGAAGUGAGAAUUGGAAUACCAUGGUGAAAUUCGAACCUCGUGAUAUUUUUGACAUGGGUGGAGAACCAUCUUCUGAUGAAACAGAUUAGUCUUUGUGCUUUCAGCUUGUUAUCGGCAGCUAAGAUAUAGGUUGAGCACUUGUCAUCCAUGCUCCUAGGUAGAGUUGCUCCAAUAUAACUAUUCUAGCUGGGCGGAUCUUCUUCAGAAUAUAUUGUUCCCUGUGUUACUCUGUAAUGAACGAGUCCAUGGUCUUUUUAAUGCAUAUUUUCCCUUUUGUUAUGAAUGAAUUUAUGGCUA